CUCUAGCUAGAUUCAGUUGCUCAUUCGCAUAGAUCAGUGCAAUCCAAAUAAGAGAGUUUAGAAAGCAAAAAAAAGAAUUCCUAUAUCGAUCCGUUCAUGGCCCUUGCGGGUAGCACCUUCUUGCCGAAGGCCACUGUCCAUUUGCCAAACUUCAAGUCAUACCAGAGAAAUAAAGCUUCUACUAUAAAAUGUGCUACGAAUCGAUCUGCGCCACAAACAAAACAUGAAAAGAAGCCUCCAAAGAUCAAUAGCGUUAUGAGAAGCAAUGAAUAUAGAGUUAUGAGAAGCAAUGAAUAUAGAGAGAAGAUUGUUAUGGCUUCUAAUGGGUUGAACGCUGUUGAAGAAAAUAGGCAAACUGAAGUACUGCAUGAUUCUAAUGCUAUCACUGUAAAGGCUAAAGCUACAAAUUGAAGUUGGUGCUCUUAUAAGAAGAGUUUCUUAUUUAUCACCUUCAUUUGCAUCUGUGUUUGUAUGCUUUACUUAUCCAUUGAGAUGAAAGGACAGUUUAUAUUUACUUGGCUGCAA